CUCACUUCUGUCUCCGGGUCCGUUUCGCCACCCUCAACACUCGCGUCCGGUAGCAUUGCAACCAGCAUCAGCAGCUCCUCACACACUCUUCCGCAUCAUCCUCGGUCACGACGUUACCUUCUCUUGCCAUUGUGACUGCUUUCAUCAACCUCGACCUUACACUCAGCAUCUCCGGUACAAAACAUACAACAAUGGUUGCCUCUCCAGCAACGUCUCGCAGCUCAUCACUCGCUCAUACUCAGCAGGCUACAAGUAUCAGCCCAUCGACAUCGUCAGUGCCGCAAUUUGAAGGCACUCUUACAUUACACCUCGAAGGGGACUGGGUCGAACGAUGGUGCACUGUUUCUGAGAGUAGACUUUUCGUGUACUCGACAAAACAAGCCGCCACAUCCAAUCCAACCUCACCUCAAUCUACAAUCGACCUCUCCAUCUAUGACAGUCUCCAAACAUCUCACUCCUGGGGCUUGGACUCACCUGGUCAAUUUGAGAUUCGUCUCGCCGCAAGGGGUGCUGAUCGCACGUUGCGCCUGCCUCAGGCUCACGGCUUCCUGUCUCGAUCGGCUACCAGCGCCACGCUCUCGCCAUCACAAAUGUCGACUGGACCAUCUGCAGACACUUUGUCUCCACCCUCAAUCUCAUUCCGUAGAGCUCGUCCGGCUCUGACACCCGUCCAGCCACGCUCUGCCUCGACCGUUAUGCCAAAGCCUAGCUUCUCCGCCGACGGUCUGCUUACUGGUGUUCCUAAAGCCUCGGCAUGGUCGCGCCUGACGGGGCGUAGGCGGAAGUCCGUCAGACUCCUGAGCCCGACUUCGUCGGACUCUGGCCACGAGCCCUCCUCACCUACUAGUCCCACAUUCCCGCUCGAGGUAGACAACUCCAUUGUCCUCCGGGCAAGCAGCGCCUGCGAGAUGCUCAUGUGGACUGGUGUCAUUUCCCCGCUGCUGCUCAACAAGCGCCCUUCAGCGCUCCUAUCGAUCUCCCGCUCCCUGUCUGCUUCGCCCACAGAGGCAACAACUUCUCAGCAGUCCACCACUAGCGCGUCUUCCUCUCAAGUCUCCUUCACUGGAACAUUGAUGGAGGAAGCUGGCAACAACGCACGUCGACGCCGCACUCCAUCGGCGGAGGCAAGCUCGCGAAGGGGCCAGUUGAUGUCAAGAUCAGUAUCAUCGAACAGUGUGCCCCGCGUUGGCAUCACCAACGAAGAUGGGUACACGGCCACAUUCCCCAGGAGGAGGCUCAGCCGCAUCGCAUCGCAGAGCGGUAGCAGCAUUGCCCCCAUGCUGAAGUCUAUUGAACCAGUAAAGGGCGGCCUGAGUGCGAGAGCAUACUCUGCCGACAAGGUGCCUCGUCAAGCACGGUCGAGCAACGCCCAGACAGCGGCAGGUAUCUCAGUAAACCACCUGGACCUCAUGGGCGACAGCGAUUGCCUGACGCCCACCGCCGCUUCGCUUUCCCUCUGGCAGAAGGAUUUCAGCACUGACCUCCUUGCUCUACCUUCAAGACGACUAUCGCAAGACUCGGACAUCAAGGCCGUCUGGCAGGGAAGCCCAAUGAUCUGGGAACGAAGGUCUAGCAGCUGCGACCUGACAAAGGCGCGCUCGAUCUCUACCCCUCAGUCGGGACCCUUGCGACAGGCUGCUUGCGAGAGCCACGCCGAUCCUAGCGGCUCCUCGGUCGGCCUCGGGCUCUGUGUCUCCGGCCCAGCGCCCGUAGUAGCCUUGACAGGUGCUCGGAGCAGGAGUACCUCGGCAGGCAGUGCCACAACUGCUUCGCCAGACACACCUGCCGCUUCCUUCUUGACCUCUGGGGCUUCCACCCGAUUUGGUAGUGACUACUUCUCCUCAGCAGCAACGUCCUCGACACCGCCUUCACCAUGCACUCCUGGUGUUUUCGUGUCUUGCGACCCCAACCCUAUCAGUCGCAAGUCCUCGACACGCCCUUCUACCUGCCCCUCCUCAAAGCCGGAUCCGUUCGACCUGUCCACCUUCGAUUGGUUGCCCAAGAGCAACAGCACUGGCAUGCCUACCUCUUCGUCUCGAGGUGACGUAAGGACCGUCUUCGCUCAAAGCGACGAGAAGGUCCCUUGCAAGGUCUUGAGCACUGUCUCGCAGACCUUUGACGGCUGGAAUCAGGUCUCGCCUUUCGGCUUCUCCGCAGACAUCACCUCGUCGGCAGAAAUCUCUGACUGUGCUCGUACGGCCAGCUCCUCGCUCUUCUCGAACCAGUCGGGGACAGCCAACACUGCCUCAUCCCAGAAGCUCCUCGAGCCGAUUGAGAUGAUGACCAAGCUCGACGAAAUCAGUAGACUCGACCCCAGCGCUGUAGCACAAGCGCGUCAGGCUCGCUACGAUGACUGCAAGACAAAGAAGACCAGCCUGCGCCGUCCUCCGAUGGCUCCUAGAGCUUGGACCACAUCAGCCACAACGAAGUUCCAGGCCGCCACCGUCGAAGUCGACGUCGCCCUCGCUUCUCCCUUCAAGCCGAGGGUCGCCCUACCCAAAAUGUCUGCCAAGACAACUCUAGCGGUAGACAUGCCUUUCGAGCGCAAGCAGUCUCUGGACUUUUUCAAGCUCAAGACUACGGCGACUGUCCCUGCUCGUCCCGUACGCAGGAGGGUAGCCACCACCAAUGGAGCUUUCCUGCCGCUCUCUGCCAGCUCGCAGUCCAUCGUCUAUUCUUCCUCUGCCGGCAGCAACGAAGACGAGCCUCGCCUGCCCUCUCGCACUCCCUUUGGGGCCAAGCACCUCAAUGCUGGCCUUCCCAGCACACCUACCGCACCUAUGACUCCUGCGCUCAACAUUGUCAAGAAGAAUAAGAAGGUGAUCCCCUCGGGCAGCUUCUUUGAUGACACCGACGAUGACGAGCAAGUCGAUGACGAAGAUGCUCGCUAUGUCGAGCGAUCCUACCUCGUUAGCCGCGGCCUUCUCCGGGCUGAAGCCGAUGAUACCUUUGGCGCCUUUGCCUAAUGCCCUCCCUCAGAAUCCAUCAGCAUACCCAUCGUUCCUCCCUUCUGCUCGUUACGCUUCACGCAGUCACUCUGGUCUACAGUCUAGAAGGGUGCUAGAUCGCCCUGCUCUUUUACAUCCUAUGCCUUCUGUCACCCUCGUUUUCAUUGUACAGUAGACUUUCUCCUGUCACCUGUUU